CAUGUCGCGCGCACAGCACUUCAGCGCGCCUGCCGGGCUGCCCGUCUACGCGCUCACGUUCCUGAGCGAGGAUGUGCUGGCGUACGCCGGCGGCGGCGGCGCCGGCCGCAGCGGCGUCGCCAACGCUAUCCGCACCGUGCGCGUGGACCGCGACAAGAAGACGCUCGAGCAGCUGCACGAGCUCUCACUCAGCCGCGAUGAGGACGCGCCCAUGUGUCUCGCGUCCGAGCCAAAGACGCGCUCGAUCGUGUGCGGCAUCAACUCGCCCGAGGCGCGGCUGAAGGACGGCAGCAAUGAGACGCUGCGCCUCUUCCAGUACGACGAGCCGACGAGCAGCGAGAAGGAGUCUGCUGACGAGAAGAAGGCGUCGGACGCUGUGGCGGUGCGCUUCGAGAGGGCCGUGUCGAGCCUGCCGAUCAGCGACGCCGAGGAGUACCAGAAAGUCGCCGUGUUCUCGCCCAAUGGCGCACUGCUGGCUGCUGCGUCGACUCGCGGUCAGGUCGCGCUGCACCGCGUGCCGUCGCUUGCGCGUGCGUGGGCCGAGCCGCCGGCGCCGCCCAAGUCGCAGGAUGGCGCCGCGCAGGAGCUGUUCGACGCCGACUUCAGCGCCGACUCGAGCCAGGUUGUGUUUGCCUCGGGGCGCGGCAUCCGCGUGUUUGCUACGCCGGCAGACGGUGCGGCCGACAGCGAAGACGGUGACGGGCCGCGUCUCGUGCAGACGAUCCAGAACCCGGCGCUCGGCGGCACGAGCACGUGUGCCUUCCGCGCGGCGCGCUUCGGCCGCGGCAAGAAGAUGGACGGCGGCACUAGCGACCGCCUGUUCACCGUUGUGAAUGCGGGCCAAACGCCGGGCGCCAAGGGCAAGCAGGCCAAGCUUCGCAAGGCCUUCAUCACCGCAUGGGACGCCGACUCGUGGGACUUGAUCGAGACGCGCCACGUCUCCGACCGGCCAGUGACUGUCUUUGAUGUGUCCGCGGAUGGUCGGAAACUGGCGUACGGCUCGUCGGACCUGUCUAUCGGCGUGCUCGACGCCCGGACAUUGCGGCCGAUCGUCAAGAUCCUCGACGCGCACAGCUUCCCGCCGACGGCGCUGCGCUUCUCGCCGUCGGGCAACGUGCUCGUGAGCGCCAGCGCGGACAACACGAUCCGCGUCAUCGACGUGCCGCACAAGUACCUGGUCGAGCAGAGCUGGUCCGAGACGCUGCAGCUCAUCUUCGUCGCGUUCCUGCUCGUCGUCAUUGCGGCGUACAUGGCGCAUCGCGAGAUUCUGUCGUAG